AUGACAACAACUUCUCCGGAACUUUAUAUAUUGCCUCCCACCACGCAUCACCAACACACGCUUGUCCUUCUACACGGCACAUCCAUGACCGGACCGUCGUUCGCAUCAUCCUUUCUGCCCACCCAGUUCUCGUCGCCAAAGCGAUCUGAAUCGAGACUUGAGGCGACCAAGAUUACGUUGCCCAUGUACUUUCCACAUUGCAGAUUCGUCUUUCCGACAGGAGCACUCAAGGAAACCACGGUCUUCGGUGGGAAAAAGACUAACGCUUGGUUCGAUAUCACGGAUUUUAGCGAUCGUACGAAAGGCGAGGUGGAAAUGAUAAAGGGUAUGAGGGACAGUACUCUCUACCUAUCCAGGUUGAUCAAGGAUGAGAUCGAGCUUCUGUAUGAUGGAGAAGAACGAGGGACCAAAGGAAAAGUGAUGCUGUUAGGUUUCAGUCAGGGGUCGGCAAUGGGCAUGAUGCUCCUACUGGGUGGCGAGUUGCAGCGUAUGGGAGUCUCGCAUGGCUUUGGUGGGUUUGUUGGGCUGAGUGGAUGGCUCCCAUUUCGGCGUCAAAUCAUGGACGCGAUCCUGGACGGAUCCCCAAAGACAUCCACGGCAGAGGAUAUCGCUACCCACGGCGAGAGUGCGAUGAUCUUCGUCCGAAAAUUGCUUGGUCUUGAUCUUGCUGGCCAAGAAUGGAGGCCGACGCCGAAGGCAUUCGAUGUGCCAAUUUUACUUUGCCAUGGAGAGCUUGAUAGAAAAGUCAGACUGGAAUGGGGAACGCAGCUAAGAGAUGUUUUGCAGACGUUAGGAAAUAAUGUCAGCCUGAAGACUUACCACGAACUAGCUCAUUGGUGGUCUGAAGAUGAGAUGAGAGACGUGGCAGAAUUCCUGGAUGAGAGGUGGCAGGGCAGAGAGGAAAGGGGCGAGUAG